AUGGAAUUAGUUGAGGAGCUACCUGAUGCCUAUUGGUGGGAGACAGGUCUUGGAUUUGUGACAUCCUUAAUUUUCAUAUUCUUGGUUGGAGUGUCCAUGUCCUCAUGGUUAGGUGCAUCUCUUCUUAGCUUAGGAGAAUGGAUCAUCAAAAAAAUGCCCCUCAUGAGUUAUAUCUAUACUGCCUCCAAACAAAUUAGUAGUGCAAUUUCACCAGAUGAGGAUUCACAUGCCUUUAAAGAAGUGGCAAUUAUAAGGCAUCCGCGCCUUGGUGAAUACGCGUUUGGUUUCAUUACUUCAACCAUUAUUCUUCGUAAAAGCACAGGUGCGGAGGAACUCUGUUGUGUUUAUGUGCCUACUAAUCACCUUUACCUUGGAGAUGUAUUCCUUAUCAAUUCUAAGGACAUUAUGAGGCCCAAUCUCUCUGUUAGAGAAGGAAUAGAAAUUGUCAUCUCAGGAGGCAUGUCUGUACCCCAAAUAUUGACUAUAGUAGAUAAGCAAUCUAUUCUAUCUCCAAGAGUUGGAAAAUUUGAUGUUCCUCAGGUUUAAUGAUCAUAAUGUUUGAUCUUCAUUAUUCAUUUCAAAUAUUGGAAUUGGGGAAAAUGCACUUUACUGUUAAUAUUAGGGGAAGACAGAAUUUGAAGUUUGUGACUUCGUAUUUUUAUUUCAUUUACGUCAUUGGGCUCUAAAUCAAUAAUUUGUACAUAUUAGCUCAAUGGAUUACGUAAGGCAAUACAAGGUUUGAAUCAAAGUUACUGUGUUCGCGGAUCUGCUACCGAGUGGAUAAUUCUUGUAGCUCUGCUUUC